GAGGAACUGCCGGGGGAACCCCAACUGCCUGGUGGGCAUCGGGGAGCACGUCUGGCUGGGCGAGAUCGACGAGAACAGCUUCCACAACAUCGACGACCCCAACUGCGAGCGCCGCAAGAAGAACGCGUUCGUGGGCUUAACGAACCUCGGCGCCACGUGCUACGUGAACACUUUCUUGCAGAUGUGGUUUCUUAACUUGGAGCUCCGGCAAGCCCUCUACUUGUGUCCCAGCACCUGCAGCGACCACACAACCCGAGAGGGCGACCCCAAAGACAAAGACUAUGAGCCUCAGACCAUCUGCGAGCACCUGCAGUACUUGUUCGCCUUGCUGCAGAACAGCAAGAGGCGAUACAUCGAUCCCUCCGGAUUCGUCAAAGCGCUGGGCCUGGACACCGGGCAGCAGCAGGACGCCCAGGAGUUUUCCAAGCUGUUCAUGUCGCUGCUGGAAGAUACUUUAUCCAAACAAAAAAACCCGGAUGUUCGAAACAUAGUGCAAAAGCAGUUCUGCGGAGAGUACGCCUACGUCACGGUCUGUAACCAGUGUGGCAGAGAGUCCAAACUCGUGUCUAAAUUUUACGAGCUGGAGUUAAACAUCCAAGGGCACAAGCAGCUGACAGACUGCAUAACGGAAUUUCUUAAGGAAGAAAAAUUGGAAGGAGAUAAUCGUUAUUUUUGCGAGACUUGUCAGAGCAAGCAGAACGCCACGAGGAAGAUCAGGCUGCUGAGUCUGCCCUGCACCCUCAACCUGCAGCUGAUGCGUUUCGUCUUCGACAGGCAAACGGGCCAUAAGAAAAAGCUCAACACCUACAUCGGCUUCUCCGAGCUGCUUGACAUGGAGCCUUUCAUGGAACAAAAAAACGGCGUCUACGUGUACGAACUCAGCGCUGUCCUCAUCCACCGCGGCGUGAGCGCCUACUCCGGGCACUACAUCGCCCACGUGAAGGACCCGCAGACGGGCGAGUGGUACAAGUUCAACGACGAAGACAUAGAAAAGAUGGAGGGGAAGAAACUGCAGCUGGGGAUUGAGGAAGAUCUAGCGGAACCUUCGAAAUCCCAAACUCGUAAACCCAAGUGCGGGAAAGGGACUCACUGCUCGCGCAACGCUUACAUGCUGGUGUACAGGCUGCAAACCCGGGAGAAGUCUCUGACUGUUGAAGUACCAGCUUUUCUGCAGGAGCUGGUCGAGCGCGAUAACUGCAAGUUCGAGGAGUGGUGCAACGAGAUGGCCGAGAUGCGCAAGCAGAGCGUGGCCAGGGGCAAGAUCAAACACGAGGAGGUGAAGGAGCUCUACAAAAGGCUGCCCGCCGAAGCUGGUUCCCCCUACGACUUCAUCUCUCUGGAAUGGCUGCAGAAAUGGCUGGAUGAGUCCACUCCUCCGAAACCCAUCGAUAACACAGCCUGCCUCUGCUCGCACGGCAAGCUCCAUCCGGAUAAGAUCUCCAUGAUGAAGAGGAUAUCGGAGUACGUGGCCGACUUCUUCUACCGGCGCUACGGCGGAGGGCCGCGGCUGAACG